AUGGUCGACAUCGUCCCCCUAUCCUCCUACCCCUCGUACAUCGACCUCCUCCCCUCCAUCCAAACCUGCAACAUCACCAACCUGCCCGAGAACUACUUCCUGAAAUACUACCUCUAUCAUGCCCUGACCUGGCCCCAACUGAGCUUCGUCGCCGUCGUGCGUCCCAAGAACGGCUACUCGAAGCGCGCCGGCCACGGCGCCGGCGCUGCGGCCGGCUCCGGAGAGGCCUACCCUAAGGUGGUGGGGUACGUGUUGGCGAAGAUGGAGGAGGAGCCGACGGAUGGGAUGCAGCAUGGGCAUAUUACCAGCUUGAGUGUCAUGAGGACGCAUCGGAGAUUGGGUAUUGCGGAGAGAUUGAUGAGGAUGAGUCAACGCGCCAUGGCCGAAUCGCACCGCGCCCACUACGUCUCCCUGCACGUCCGUGUCUCCAACAACGCCGCGCUCCGCCUGUACCGCGACACGCUGGGCUUCCAGGUCGAGAAUGUCGAGAGCAAGUACUACGCCGACGGGGAGGACGCGUACGCGAUGCGCAUGGACCUGACGAAUAUGUGGAUGGACUGGAAGGAGGUCGAGCGCCAGGAUCGGUUGCGUCAUCAGAGUGACGAGAAGGAUGCGGACGAGGGCGACGCGGUCGGUGAGGUUGGCACCGAGAAGGAGAAGGAGAGGAUGGUCAAGGUGAAGGUUGGUCGGGGUCUCGGUGUGGGUGAUUUGGUUGAGAAGAAUGAGUCGCAACCUCAAUCUUAA